AUGACGAAUGAUACCAUGUUUCUCAACAUCGUCGGCGUUCGCUACGGUAUCGGCAAGCAGAUUGGAGAGGGCUCUUUUGGCACUGUUUUUGAGGGCACUAAUAUGCUCGAUAACCAGCGGGUCGCUAUCAAGUUCGAGCCUUACAAGAGUACAGCUCCUCAAUUGUUUAAUGAAUAUCGCACCUAUAAAGUUCUCUGCGGUCGCCCUGGAAUUCCAAAUGUCUAUUAUUUUGGCCGUGAGGGCCUCCACAACAUGCUAGUCAUCGAUUUACUCGGUCCCAGUCUGGAAGACUUGUUCGAGCAAUGCAACAGGAAAUUCACAGUUAAAACCGUAGUCAUGGUCGCUAAGCAGAUGUUGUCAAGAAUCCAGACUGUCCACGAACAGAAUCUCAUCCACCGCGACAUUAAGCCUGACAAUUUUCUCAUUGGUAGGCUGGGCUCUAUGAGCGCCAACACAAUCCAUGUUGUGGAUUUUGGCAUGGCUAAACAGUACCGUGACCCGAAGACGAAGCAACACAUUCCAUACAGGGAACGCAAGUCCCUUACUGGCACAGCACGUUACAUGAGCGUCAACACUCAUCUUAGACGGGAGCAGUCUCGCAGGGAUGACCUAGAAGCUCUGUGUUACGUCAUGAUGUACUUUCUCCGAGGUGCUCUUCCAUGGCAAGGUCUCAAGGCUACUACUAACGCACAGAAAUACAACAAGAUUGGCAGGAUGAAGCAAACAAUUCCCGUUGAAGAGAUUUGCAAAGGCUUUCCUAGAGAGUUCAAUAGGUACCUCAUCUACGUCCGUGAUCUGGGUUUCGAAGAUACACCUGACUACGACUACCUACACAGACUGCUUACUCAAGCGCUUGAAAGCACUGGUGACUUUGAGGACGGUGAGUAUGACUGGAUGAAACCUAACGGCCAUACAGGCUGGAAAGCCAUGAAAACAAACUCCGUGGUUCCACAGAUGCACCCCUUCAGCGUUCGCCAGAGCUUCCCUACCGCCGCUGUUAUUCAUGACCAACGUAACACGGCACGUCUGCCAUCGGAGUACCACCGCUGGAUGGAGUCCCUCCCGAACUGGGACCAAGCUCAGUUUCUAUACAGUGAAUCGAACCUGAUCCAGAGUCAAUACCACGCAAUACACUCGAAUUGUUCAAAUGCACAGCCAUUACAACAACAGUCAGUCCCUGAGGUAGAGGACUUCAUGCAGAAGUUCACCAAUACACUCUGUUGCAGGAGCCGCAGAUAA